AUGGUCAAAGUUCUCGCAGUUCUCUACGACGGUGGUCAACACGCCAAGGACGUCCCUGAGCUUCUCGGAGCCAGUGAGAACGAGCUCGGUUUGAGGAAAUGGCUUGAGGACCAGGGUCACACUCUCAUUACCACUUCUGAUAAGGAGGGUCCCAACUCUGUCUUCGAGCGCGAGUUGGUUGAUGCUGAGAUCAUCAUCACUACUCCUUUCCACCCUGGAUACUUGACCGCCGACCGUCUUGCUAAGGCUAAGAACCUCAAGCUUGCCGUCACCGCUGGGAUCGGAUCUGACCACGUUGACCUCAAUGUUGCCAACAAGACCAACGGCGGUAUCACCGUCGCUGAGGUUACUGGAUCCAACGUUGUCUCCGUUGCUGAGCACGUUGUCAUGACCAUCCUCGCUCUUGUCCGCAACUUUGUUCCUGCACACGAGCAGAUCCAAGCCGGUGAAUGGGAUGUUGCCGCUGUCGCCAAGGAUGAGUAUGACCUUGAGGACAAGGUUGUCGGAACUGUCGGUGUUGGCAGAAUUGGAGAGCGUGUCUUGAGACGUCUUCAAGGAUUUGAGUGCAAGGAGCUCUUGUACUACGAUUACCAGCCUCUGUCUCCUGAGCUCGAGAAGGCUCUUGGUGCCCGCCGUGUGGACACCCUUGAGGAGCUCGUUGCCCAGUGCGACGUUGUCACCAUCAACUGCCCUCUCCACGAGAGCACCAAGGGUCUCUUCAACAAGGAGCUCAUCUCCAAGAUGAAGAAGGGCUCAUGGCUCGUCAACACCGCCCGUGGUGCUAUCGUCGUCAAGGAGGACGUCGCUGAGGCUCUCACCAGCGGACAUCUCCGCGGAUACGGUGGUGACGUUUGGUUCCCUCAGCCCGCCCCCAAGGACCACCCCCUGCGCUACGCCAAGAACCCCUUCGGCGGUGGAAACGCUAUGGUUCCCCACAUGUCUGGUACCUCCAUCGAUGCUCAGAAGAGAUACGCUGCUGGUACCAAGGCCAUCAUCCAGAGCUACCUUUCUGGAAAGCAUGAUUACCGUCCCGAGGACUUGAUCGUCUACAAUGGUGACUACGCCACUAGGUCUUACGGACUGAGGGACAAGAAAUAA